GCUGAAUCCGUCCAAAGCUCACCCACGCUGCGCUGUCUUCAGGUCCACGGCACAGCCGUGUCGUCCCUGGGAGAAGCAGUGAACCCUGACACCGUCUCUCCGCUCCGCCGGUCCCAGGCUGGUGCGUUCCGUUGCGCACAGCACACUUUACCAGCGCGCAAGAUUUCUCCAAAACCUCAGGACGGCUGGUGGGAAACGCAGCUCACAACUUUACGACUCAGUAUGUUUCAUGUGAGGAUGACAGAGGAUCGGUGACAGGAAAGCUCUGGGGUGUUCAGGUACAGCAGGAACAAGGACGAGUCUUGGCUCUCCCCACUCCCCAUCACACACACCUCUUAACCGAGCAGUGUGCGUGAGGUGAUACAGCAGAGGCUCCUGUUGUGGCUCAUUUACCGGACAUUAGAUGGAUUUCUUGAGCAACUUUCACCUAUGAUGUUGCCUAUUGCUCUUUGAGCUCUUUGUAGCCGCUCUCCCCUUCACUUUCCUCUCAAACUUCAGCCAGUGGAUCGUUUUGUGAGCGGCAGGAUGGGAUCGCGGAUCGGGAUCGGGGCAGCUCUGCAGAGACAGACGCUUCUGUGGCUCGUUGUAGCGGUGUCUCAGUGUGUGUCUGCACUGGGGUGUGGACCCCACUACGAGUUAGCCAUCGAGGAGUUCUGCCUGGCCAAAUUCAGACUGGACAUGCAAGAGCUGGACCAGAGACACUGGUGUAGCUGGGAGGACACAGUCGAGCUCUACGGUGAGCUGACAAACUGCACGUACCUGGUGGCGCUGAAGCUGGAGUGCUUCUGGCCCAACAGGCUGGUGGAUGAGUUCUUCAUCCGGGUCCACAAGCACUACUUCCACGACUGCUCGCUGUCUGGACGGCUUCUCAGGGACCCGCCCAACCGUAUCCUGGGUCCCUUCAUCAUAGUGCCCAUCCUGGUCACCCUCCUCAUGACAGCCCUGGUCGUGUGGAGGAGCAAACGCAGCGAGGGGAUCGUGUAGUGAAAGGAUGGAGGGGCAGGGUCUCAAGACUCAAGCAAAGAGGUACAUUUUGGCCCUAAGGUUGUGUCGUAAUCACCCUCAGUGUCCAGAGGAUCUCUUUUCCUGAGUGAUUGGGGUUUCAAUAAAUUCAUGUUUUCACUGGCCGUGAAAGAGGAGCCGAAAGAGAUAAACUUAAAACCAUAUCCUACUUCAGCGAUGCUUGAAUGUACAUCAAUAUAAAGCAUUUGCAGCUCCCAUCUAUUGUUACACCAACUGCCUGAUGUGGAUUGAAAUCAUUCAUUUGGUUUACAGAGCAAAGAGGAGGACAAGCUGCUCACUUGAAUUCAGUGUGGGCCAGGUUAAGGGUACUGUAAAUAUAAAAAAUCACUUUUUUGAGAGAAACCGCUUCAGAGACUUUAGGAUGAGGUGAUUCCUACAUACAAGUUAAUAUCUAUUUUUGGAGGCCGUAAAAAUAACCGUUCUUUAAAUGGUUUGAAGUGCAGUCCAGAACUUAUAUAAUGGACAAUUACUCAGACCUGUACUAGGGAACCCAAUACGUCAGAUUUUAUGUACAUAUACUGUAAAUAUCCACAGUAUAGUGUACAGUAUGAGAUGUUGUCAGAGCAUCAACAAAACCAAGACCACAGACUAUAGUGCGCAAAGUUAAUUUCUCUCAAAUACCUGAUUUUAAGAGAUGUGUACUAUAUUUUAAAUAUUUACUCUAAAUCAUGUAGACGGCUUAUGGUCACGCUGUCGAGCUAUAGCGAGAGUGGAAUGGGUCUCUUUUUAGUUUUUAUCUCCUUUCCUCAGCUCAUAUCAGACACCCUGACCUCAGGUCCACAAUAUCUCAGCACACCUAGAGCUCGAUCUCCCCUCUGAAUGGGACACGAAGGCUUGUUUCCAUAGCUUAACACGCAUUAAACCAGCAGGGAAAAAUGCAGGAGGUAAUGAUGCCACAGAAGACUGGCAGAUGUGCAGUAUGGGGGACUGAAAGACAGCACAGCAUGGACAGGAUGUUUACUACGCGGGAGGUCGAGGCCCCAAUUUGGACAGGCUGUGAUGAUGUUAUGCUCGUCAGCUUUUCAUCCUCCAUCACCAAGGAAACUACAAUGAAGACAUGCCAGCAGACACGCAGGUGUAAACAGUUGAGAGAGAGGACUUUGAAGGCCAACAUGCAGAGGCAGAAUUUUGGAGACUGCAGACGGUUAAUUAACCAAAAAAUUCUGACAUUCCUUCUGAUUUUUCUCCCUCAAACACCUCUUUAAGCCAUGCUGUUUAUCGUAUAGAAAUCAUUGCACUGACUGCAGCCAAUUGAGGCCGUUCAGUGGAAAUGUGCGAAAAGAAAGAGAACAAAGAGUACAUGUGAAAAGUCUAAGUACAGAGAAAGCAUAAAGCGAUGGAUUAGCCAACGCACAUCUCUGCUGAACAUUGCCAUAGCCUAAAGCACAGUUUGUGUAUCAUGGACCUUAGGUUUCUAUUGAUUUAUGAUCUCCCAGUGUGGUACAUUGUGCUGUGUGAACUGUUUCCUCAUUGAUAUUUUUGAAUGCUCCCUUUCUUUUAUAGAUUCAUUGACCUGUACCAUGCCUGUCAGCAAAGCACACUUUAAAACACACCCACACUUCCUCAACAUGAUCUUUCUUUGUACUUUAUGCCAACAGCUCUCGGAAAACAGAGGGAAACAUUUGGAACACAUGUUGAAAUGUUUAAUUUUCUGUUGGAGUGACUACUAAUGAUUGGAUUUUGAAAUCUGUGAUCAUGAAUGAAAGUUAAAUAAAAUGUCUGAUUGGUGUGUCUGGAACACUGA